AUGAAUACUCGUUUAGCUCUCUUUAUUCUGUUAUUUCGUUGGUGGAAUGCGUUGUGGGUCCAAACGUUUUUUCAGCCAGACGAGUUUUACCAAGCUUUAGAAAUUGCUCAUAACUUUGUUUAUGGAACUGGUUUUGUGUCUUGGGAAUGGCGUGAAGGAAUCCGUUCGGCUGCUCAUCCUUUACUGUUUGCACUCGUUUAUAAAUGUCUGAAUCUGUUGCACCUGGAUACAGUAAACAGUAUUUUUGUUGCUGCUCCGAAGCUCGUUCAAGGCACCUUUGCUGCUAUAACAGAUGUAGCAACUUUUGAGUUUGCCAAGGUUCGCUUUGGAAGAAGAGCAGCCGUGUGGGCAUUGGUCUGCAGCUUGCUCUCCUUUUUCAAUGCUUAUGUGUCAGUACGGACAUUCUCAAGCUCUUUGGAGACAACAUUGACGGUGCUCAUGUUUUGGCAAUGGGAACUCUGGCAGAAAGCGAUGAAAAGUCGAAGCACUGAGAACGUCAAGAUACGACACCUACUUUUGUUUUCUCUUUUCUUUUUGCUGGGUUUUAUUAUUCGACCUACAAAUGCACUUUUUGCCAUACCAAUAGGUUUAGAAUGGUUGUACCGUCUGAAGAAGUUUUCAUUCCGAACCUUUUUUCCCUCAACAUUAUCUAUUGUCGCCUGUUUGGUGCUGGUAACUGGACUGUUUCUUUUGAACGUGUACUUGGAUACUUGGUUCUAUAGCCGUAACAUUGUUCCGUUAAUAUCGUUUCUCAAAUUCAAUGUGGCUUCAGGGAAAUCGGCGAUAUAUGGCAUUAAUACAUGGCAUUAUUAUUUAACACAGGGUCUUCCUCUUAUCUGCGGUUUUAUGUUGCCAUUCGUAUUGCUUGGAAUGACCGGCAGGGAUUAUGUCAGAGUUUUAAGCAUUCUCGCUCCCUUUUCUUUGCUGGCACACAAGGAAGUGCGCUUUGUGUACCCACUGUCACCAAUUCUGCUAAGUGCUGCUGGCUAUUGUAUCUCCCGUUGCAUUAGUCGUAUCCGUCGUCAAAAGAUUGCGCUUGUAAUCUUUUUGUUACACUCCUUCAUAGCUUUCUUUUUGUGCCGUGUACACCAAGCUGGCGUUAUUGAAGUUAUGCCUACAUUGAAACAGCUGGCAGAUGCGAAUACUACGGGUGUAUUAUUAAUGCCGUGUCAUUCAACUCCAUGGCAAUCUCAUUUACAUUCCACUUUAGCCGAAACUAACUGGAGGUUUUUAACGUGCGAGCCUUCCGAAUAUCCUUCGGGUGAAGACAUUCGUUUUUAUGAAGACAUGAGCGCCUACCUAGAUGCAUGGGAAAACUGGCCGGAUUAUUUAGUCAUCUUUGAAGAGCGACGUCCAGCUUUAGAAGCAUACUUUGCCGCUCAUAAUCUUGCAUAUACUCAGCGUGCGAGAUUUUUUAACAGUUAUAUUCAUGACGAUUCUCGUAGAACAGGAGACGUUACAGUUCUUCGGGCUUUACGAAAUAAUGUGAACUCGGUCAACAACUGA